CUGUAUUUUUAUCCUGCUAAUUAUCUUCUUCCUUAAAUUCCUCCUCCUCCUGUAUCUAUUAGUGACGUAACACGUAGCGACGUUGAGGGCAGGCUGUUACCACAGUAAAGAUGGCGGCGGCCUACACCAGCUUCAGUCUCCACAUGACCCCUGAGAAGUUCUUCAUUGAGGCCUGCGAUGAGGGAGCCAGUGAUGUGCUGGCCAUCGAUAGGGUGUCCACUGAGAUGACCCUCACAGUGAAGAAGGAUGUCCCCCCCUCGGCUGUCACUCGUCCCAUUGUUGGAGUCAUGGGAACCAUCCGUCUGGUGGCAGGAAUGUACCUCACUAUCAUCACCAAGAAGAAGAAGGUGGGCGACCUGCUUGGACACACGAUUUGGAAGGCCACAGAUUUCGACAUCAUCUCCUACAAGAAGACGAUGCUACACCUGACAGACAGUCAGAUGCAAGACAACAAGGCCUUCCUGUCCAUGCUGAACAACAUGCUGACCAUGGACGGCUUCUACUUCAGCACCGAUUAUGACCUGACUCACAGCUUGCAGAGGCUGGCCAACACCAGCCCGGAGUUCCAGGACAUGAGCUUGCUGGAGAGGGCUGAUCAGAGGUUUGUAUGGAAUGGACAUCUGCUGAGAGAAUUUAUCGCACAACCUGAGCUGCACAAGUUUUCUUACCCUGUCCUUCACGGAUUCAUCACCGUGAAGUCUGGUUGCAUCAAUGGGAAGGUCUUCGACUGGGUCCUCAUUUCCCGCAGAAGCUGCUUCCGGGCUGGAGUCCGCUACUACGUGCGAGGUAUUGACUCAGAGGGUCACGCUGCCAACUUUAUAGAGACAGAACAGAUUGUGCAGUACAACGGAGGAAAAGCCUCAUUCGUGCAGACCCGAGGCUCUAUUCCAUUCUUUUGGUCUCAAAGGCCGAACCUCAAGUACAAGCCCAAGCCGCAGAUCAGCAAAUCCACCAGCCACUUGGAUGGCUUCCAGAGGCAUUUCGACUCCCAGGUCAUCCUUUAUGGCAAACAAACGAUUCUGAAUCUGGUGAACCAGAAAGGGUCGGAGAAGCCAUUGGAACAGGCCUUCGCCAAGAUGGCUUCCAGUGUGGCCAAUGGGAUGGUCAGAUAUGUCGCCUUCGAUUUCCACAAGGAGUGCAGCCGGAUGAGGUGGGACCGGCUCCAGGUCCUGGUGGACAGCGUGUCUGAGAUGCAGGAUGAGUCUGGCUACUUCCUGGUGGACCCUGAGGGAGUGGUACUCAUCCAACAGGAGGGCACGUUUCGCAGUAACUGCAUGGACUGCCUGGACCGCACCAAUGUCAUCCAGAGCCUGCUGGCACGCCGCUCACUACAGUCGCAGUUGCAGAGGCUGGGCGUUCUUCAUGUGGGCCAGAGGAUUGAGGAGCAGGCAGACUUUGAAAAGAUAUACAAGAACGCCUGGGCUGACAAUGCCAAUGCCUGUGCCAAGCAGUAUGCUGGAACUGGGGCCCUGAAGACAGACUUCACAAGGACAGGGAAGAGGACCUACUGGGGGCUUUUAAUGGAUGGCUGGAACUCCAUGAUCAGAUACUACAAGAACAACUUCUCUGAUGGCUUCCGACAGGACUCCAUCGAUCUGUUUCUGGGGAACUACAUGGUGGAUGAGGUGGAUGUUUCCACACCCCUUCAAAUCCAGAGGGACUGGAGAUUCCUGACGCUGCCUGUCAUCAUGGUUGUCGCCUUCUCCAUGUGUAUCAUCUGCCUGCUCAUGGCCGGUGACACGUGGACGGAAACUUUGGCAUAUGUGCUCUUCUGGGGCACGGCCAGCAUCACCACGGGGGGCGUCAUCCUCAUCAACGGUCAGGAGUUUGUGGACGCACCACGACUGGUGCAGAAGGAGAAGAUGGACUGAACGUGCACGUGUGGAAAGCGGUCGAGAUUGGCGGACUCCUCCUUCGCUUCCCCGCUCUCCUCCUCUUCCUCCCAGCUGAGCCGGGGCUGUUGUCUGUACUGAUGGUAGUGGGGGGAGGGGUCCGUGGCCCUAGAGAGGUCUACCCGGACGUGCCGCUGUCCACACCCCACAUGUAGAGGGAACGUGGCGUCCUGCAGCCCUCCUGCCGUCUCCUCUGCCCUCCCAUGACCAGGGAGCACGAAUCUGAGACCAUCUGCUGCCAUCGGUUGUGACGUCUUCUUGUGAUCAACAAAUAAGUCAACGAAUAAAUCUGCCAACGAAUAAGUCAAAAUAUCUGUGUUUUCCUGGGAGUGGAAGUUUUUCAGACCUUCAGAAACACUUGUGGUGGUUCUACCAACAGCAUAUUUUGUGUCUAUGAAAAUCUGAAGGCUUUGAGCACUACAUCCCCCCCUUACCUUUACCUGCUUCCAUGCUUAAUUUUCACUCCCUGUUUAGGUCUUGUACUCUCUUUGAUAUACCCAGAGGAAAAUUCAGCUUAUUCCCAUACUUAUGAAUGAUUGUAAUUAAACCAAUGAAUGACUUAUACAAGUACAUUGGCUUAUAUCAGACCCAUUUUAAUCUUCCUGUUGCUGGGUGUUGAGCCAUAAUAUGCAGCCCUUUGUGAUGGAUCUGUAUGAGGAAGACUGAGGAGGUCAUUAGGGACGUCACACUCGCUGGCUGUGGUUUCAUUGCUCCUUGUAUUUUCCCACGAGGCAGGACCAGCCGGCCCAUGAGCAGAUUACCAGUUAGUGUAUCAACGCCAGCAAUCCUCUCACUUGCAUCCUGUUUGUUUCAGUACUCAGAUCAUCUAGUGGUAGGUUUGGUGGGUUCGGGGGUUGCGACUGUGCAUAAUGGGUGAAUGGUUUGUAUAUAAUGUAACACAUUAUACAGUAUUUCUCAUUCUGUUACUGGCUAUUGGAAUGACUUCAGCCUAUCAGAGAAUGUGAUGAUCAGUUGCUAUGACAAUGACUAAUUAAUGUUGUUGCACCAGUUACACAUACAGUGCCAGUGAAUGUCUCUGUGAAAGUAAAUCUUUGACCCCAGGCGGAACACGUGCUGGAUUCUGUUUAUAAUUUUUUCUUUUACUUAAUUUUAACUUUUGUUGUAAACAUUUACCUUGGUAAGUAACUAAAGAGGUGUCAGUUUGGGGAACUACUUUGUAGAAGCAUGGGUUCCAUGCCAGACUGUAAGGGUUAGUGAAUGUACACAUUUCCUUGGUUUGGUUGUGCAUAGUAGAUGUCUUGCUCUGUGUGAGUUACAUGCUCUGGUAUCACUUUACUUAAAGCUGUAAUCAUAAUGCACUAUCAAUACCUUCACAAGGCAUUAUGAACACAGCCAUAAAUAUUUAUAAAAACACAACUCAUUAUAGCCAUCUUUAUUAUGCAUUGGGAAUGCCUUAUGAAGCCCUCGUAAGUCCUAUAAUGCACUAUAGAUACCUUCAUAAUGCAUUAUAAUGGUAAAUAUAAGCAUUAAGAAUGCUUUGUGUUGCAUUAUAAAGGUAUCUAUAGUGCAUUAUAGAUGAGAGCUUCAUGGAGAAUUCAUAAUGCACAAUAAACAUGGCUAUAAUGUGUUAUGCCUCUAUAAAUAGUUGUAGCCAUGUUCAUAACACUUUAUGAAUGCAUUAUAAUACAUUAUACACGACUGCUUUAAGUAAAGUUACCAAAGCUCUUCUAAUUGCUGAGAAGUUCUGCUGUAAGCCAAAUUGAAUAAGGCCACACACCAUUCCUGUAACUUACUAAGAAACGCAACAGGCGCAUUGAAAAUAUAGCACUGUCUCCAUAUGUGUGGCUGCUGUCCAUGUACCGUGGUAUAAUACUCAUGGUAGGGAGCAGUUUUGUUUCUUCAACAAUUCCAUUAUCUUUUCUAGAAGAGAGGCCGUUCUAUCUUUUGUUACCUUGUAUGGAUGUGUUCAUGAUACACAAAAUAAUGGUUCAGAUGAAUGAUGUACGCAGGACUGUUACGCGAUGUUUGGUCAUUUCCCCUUCUGUUCAGCUGGAAUGUUCUAUUUUCCAAUAACUUUGUAAUAAAAGCCGACAUAAAAGAUA